GCUAUAAAAUGGACUAAGAUUGCUUGGAUUGUAUCCCCUUACGAUGAAAAUGGUGUAUCUAUCAUCCCUCCCAUUACUUAUGAAGGUAUUGAUGAUAUGGAAGAAAAUCUAUCUUUUGAUCCAAAUGAUGAACUAGCAGUUAAGGAACUCCAACAGCAAAUAAAUAUAUUGCAUGUUCGUAAUCUAAUACCAAUUGAAGACUUGCUAAACCUUGAAGAAGAACAAGAAGUACAUCAUCAGUUUACUGAUGAAAAUUUGAUUCACACUGCUACAGAAAUUGAACAGAUAAAAGACAAAUUUGUUGUGCCACCCUAA